AUGAACUCUACCCUUCCCCUCUGCGAAGAAUUUUUCGAAAAAAUAACCGCACGUUUAGAUCAUCACGAUUUUAGGUUGACUAUUACCGCCAAUCAGCCCUCAAUCACUGUACCUUACUACGUAGACGAAAAAACUCAUUCCAUAGAACUAAUUAUCUUCAAAACAACAUUUCUAUCUCUUUUCCAAGAGGCGCAUACAUAUUUUAACCGGACUUUUUCUGAUCAAAACGCCAUUUCUAAUGAAAACAUUUAUUACAUGACCAUUGGACUUUUACUCACAACACCUGAGAACAAAACGGUAUAUAAUAUACACGAAAAGUUGCUCAAGAAAUAUUUUCAGGACAACAGUAUUUUGGGUAUACCGAAUUUAUUAUUCAAAGAAGUAAGGCUAGUCCAACGGCUCCUUUGCUCAUCAAACAAUCGCAUCAACAAGUCGUCAUCUCUUUGGAUAUUAUACCGAAAAUUACUCGUUUUAUCUCUUUACGCGAAGACUUCGAUUUCUCCUGACCUUUUAUUUGUAUUCUAUUCUUCUGGAUCCCAGCAUUUUUCCAAUUACUAUUGUUGGAAUACUGCUAGAUGGCUCUACGAUAAUUUAGCUUUUGGUAAAAGAAUUGAGCUCUUUGGUUUGACCAAGAGAUUUUGCUUCCAACAUGUUAAGGAUUGUUCAUCAUGGAGCGCUUUAGCGUAUAUGGUAUGCCAACAGGAACAAAAAAAAACGGACAAUAUACGUGAUUUUCAAAGGCUGUCAUGCUCUUUUAAUAUACCGAUUAAGCCAGAUAGGGUAGAUUUGAAUUUUCAAAUACAGCACCUGGAUACAUUUAUUCAAGAAUUGGUAAAAUGGAUUGAUAGAACAUAUGCUGCAGAUUGGCCCCCAUAUUUGUGUCUUUUGCAGAUUACAAAGCUUAAUAUCACCCUUGGAAUUGACGUGGACUCAGUCUUAUCAACUUGGAGAAAUGAAAUUCUGAAUUUUGAGGAGAACAGUGGCCACAUUAAAAUGAAUAAUAAUAUUCCAAUAGUACCUGAGCAAUUUUCAAAUGACCUCCUAACUUCAGAAAAUUUCAUACAUUUUGGCUAUAAAAAGCUUUUCCUAAAUAUGUUUUUGGAUAAAUAUAAGAUCAAGAAAGAACAAUCAGAUAGUUAA